GGGAGCGCUCCGGGGACAGCCCCGCUGAGGGCAAAGGCUUGUAGGGAGGGCCGGAUCCCUGCCCGACCGCCCUCGGAGCGGCAGGGCUGCGCCCUUUCCUGAGCGGGGCUCAGCUCCUGCCGUCUCCAGGCCUUGCGCUGCGCCCGGCUGGAAAUGCCGUGUGGGGUUCAGCGUGUGUUCAACUAAUCUGUGCUCAGCCCCUCGUUUUGAGGGGGAAAGGGUGAUCCCGGCCCAGCCCGCCCGUGAGGGCGGCGGAGGAGCAGCUCGCCAUGCCCACGGUGGUGGUGAUGGACGUGUCGCUGUCCAUGACGCGGCCGGUGUCGGUGGAGGGCUCCGAGGAGUACCAGCGCAAGCACCUGGCUGCCCACGGACUCACCAUGCUCUUCGAGCACAUGGCCACCAACUACAAGCUGGAGUUCACGGCCUUGGUGGUGUUUUCAUCCCUCUGGGAGCUGAUGGUGCCUUUCACAAGAGACUACAACACACUCCAGGAAGCCCUGAGUAACAUGGAUGACUAUGACAAAACCUGUUUGGAGUCGGCGCUGCUGGGGGUUUGCAACAUUGUCCAGCAGGAAUGGGGGGCAGCAAUUCCUUGCCAGGUUGUCCUGGUCACCGACGGCUGCCUGGGCAUCGGCAGGGGCUCCCUGCGCCACUCCCUGGCCACCCACAGCCAGCGCAGCGACAGCAACAGGUUCCCACUGCCCUUCCCGUUCCCGUCCAAGCUCUAUGUCAUGUGCAUGGCCAACCUGGAAGAGCUUCAAAGCACAGAUUCCUUAGACUGCCUGGAACGGCUCAUUGAUUUAAACAAUGGGGAAGGGCAGAUUUUCACCAUUGAUGGCCCCCUGUGCCUGAAGAAUGUGCAGUCCAUGUUUGGAAAGCUAAUAGACCUGGCUUAUACACCAUUCCAUGCUGUCCUCAAGUGUGGCCAUUUAACAUCUGAUGUGCAAGUAUUUCCCAGACCAGAGCCUUUCAUUAUAGAUGAGGAAAUAGACCCCAUUCCUAAAGCAAUUAAUACAGAUCUAGAAAUUGUUGGGUUUGUAGAUAUUGCAGACAUUUCCAGCCCUCCUGUCUUAUCCAGACACUUGGUACUGCCCAUUGCACUUAAUAGAGAGGGGGAUGAGGUGGGACCUGGGAUCACAGAUGACACUGAAGAUGAGAAUUCAGCUAAUCAGAUUGCUGGGAAAAUCCCCAACUUCUGUGUUUUAUUACAUGGCAGCCUGAAAGUGGAAGGCAUGGUGGCUCUCGUCCAGUUGGGGCCAGAGUGGUAUGGAAUGCUUUAUUCACAAGCUGAUAGCAAGAAGAAAUCAAACCUCAUGAUGUCACUCUUUGAACCUGGUCCUGAGCCCCUCCCAUGGCUGGGGAAGAUGGCACAGCUUGGCCCCAUUUCAGAUGCAAAAGAAAAUCCUUAUGGAGAGGAUGACAAUAAGAGCCCUUUCCCUUUGCAGCCCAAGAACAAGCGCAGCUAUGCUCAGAAUGUCACUGUCUGGAUCAAACCCAGUGGCCUCCAGACAGAUGUACAGAAGAUCUUGAGAAAUGCAAGGAAACUUCCUGAGAAAACACAAACCUUCUAUAAAGAGCUGAAUCGUUUGCGAAAGGCAGCUCUGGCCUUUGGCUUCCUGGAGCUGCUGAAGGGCGUGGCAGACAUGCUGGAGCGGGAGUGCACGCUGCUCCCCGACACCGCCCACCCCGACGCCGCCUUCCAGCUCACACACGCGGCCCAGCAGCUCAAAGUGGCAAGUACCGGAGCCUCGGAAUAUGCUGCCUAUGAUCACAACAUUGCUCCUCUGCAGACAGACUUUUCCAGUAGCAGCACUGAGAGAAUGUGAAGUCUCCAUUUUGGGAGCUUCUCUAGAUUAAGGCUUAAGCGGUUCAGAUUUUCUUCUGGCCUGUUCAGUCACUGUUUGAAGAACUUCCUAUCCUAAUGGGGAAGUUUUGUAUCAGUGCUCUCUAAACAAACGUAGCUCGUUUGUGGUGGCUUUUAGUCAGACCUGGAAACUGUGGAAAGUGUCCCAAACCCAGUGAUGAUGUUGGAUGAUGGGUGGAAAUUAUUUGGUACAUGUGAGGAGAGAAAAAAAUGCCAUUGGCAGCUCUUGGAUUUUGGCCUCCCCAAAAUGCAGUUACUGCAGAGCUGAACUCGCUGGUGAAAGUAUCCUAAAAGGCAGCUACUACACUUUAAACAUCAACUUGAUUAGUCCAAAGAAAGGUGUGAGAAGCACCCUGCAAGAUCAGAUACAGAACUGAUUUUGGGGUGUUGGCCCUGACUUUAUGCCCAACUUGACAGACAGUUUGUACUAAGCAUUAUCACUUGCAUUGCAGUGCUUUUGCUUUUGAAAGUAACGUGAUCUUGGGACACAUGUUUUUUUAUUUGCAUAAUACAAAUAAAGAGUAAUUCUUCAUGAAAAUUUAAA